UUGGCCGCUUGGCUGUCGUUGAGGGUUGAAGUUGCGGCGACCCGGGCCGGGUGAAGGAGGAGUUGAUGGCUGAUCCGGCGCCCGAAUCGUUGACGCCGCCGCCGCUGGAAGGGGCAGCGAUGGAGACCGAGGCCUCGGAUGCCCCAGCGAGAGGGGAGGAAGCGAAUGAGAACCGACCAGGCGAGACGGUGAAGGGCGCUGUGAUACUGGAGAAGGAAGCAGGGGAAACGGAAGAAGGGCGUGAUGGACGGGGAGAGGAGCCCCUGGAGCCCGCUCCAGAAAACCCUAAACUAGACGAGGGCGGAGAAAGCGAUAGUGAUUGCAGCAGCUGCAGCGAUUAUGGGAGUCAUGGCAAGCCAGGGACCUCCUUGCAAAGGCUCGUGCCAGAGAGGAAUGUCCUCUUCCCAGACACUUUCCAGACAAACAACCUCCUGUUCUAUGAGCGGUUUAAGACCUAUCAGGACUACAUGUUGGCUGACUGCAAAGCCUCGGAGGUCCAAGAAUACACAGCAUCGUAUUUGGAGAAGGUCCUUGAGCCAUCUGGGUGGCAGGCAAUUUGGCACACCAGCGUGUUUGAGGUCCUGGUUGAAGUUGUUGACGUGGAUUACUCUGCUCUGAAGGCGGUGGUGCGCCUCUGUGAGCCUUUCCUGUGCGAGACUCGCGGGGGUGAUGCCUUCACUCAGGAGUGUAUGCAGGAGCUUUUAGAACUGAAGGCGCAGCGGCUGCCGUUGUGGGAGUUGUGGGUUGUCUUUGACGAGUCGGGGGAAUUGGACCACACCGCACUGGCUGUUGAGCACGUCAGGUUUUUCUACAAGCACAUCUGGCGGAGCUGGGAUGAAGAGGACGACGACGACUUCGAUUAUUUUGUCAGAUGUGUUGAACCUCGGCUCAGGCUGUACUAUGACAUUGCAGAAGACCGUGUCCCUUCCGCACUGGUGGCAGACUACCACGGCCUUCUCUCCCAGUGUGAAGAGCUCUACCGCCGGUUUCUAGACCUCAGGAACAGCCUCGCAAGUAGUGAUUCCGACACCGAAGCAGAGAACGUCUCCGUGGUGGAAGGGAUGAAACUCUACAACAGGGUAGAGCACCUGAAACAAAGGUUGAAGCUGAUUGAAAACCCUCUUUUGAGGUAUGUGUUUGGCUACCAGAAGCACGCUCGCCUCCAGGCGAGGGGAGUGCGCCCCUCGGGCACCACCGUCACCCAUAUUGUGUCUGCCACCAUGAUGUCAAGCUUGCUGCAGUGUCUCCUUAGGGAUAAAUUUUCUCCAGAGUAUUGUAAUGAAGAAAUGGAAAUACAGUUCCACAGCGACCCGCUGUCUGCUAUGAACGCCUGCUAUGCAGGGGACAGGAUCGUGGUUUGCCCUGGUCACUACAUUGUGGAGGGCACCUUGUGUGUCGCCGACAGCAUUGAACUAGAAGGCUACGGCUUGCCAGACGACAUCGUGAUAGAGAAACGAGGGAAGGGGGACGCUUUUGUGGAGUGCACUGCUGCGGACGUGAAAAUCUCUAGCGUGAAGCUGGUCCAGCAUGAUGCUGUGGAGGGCAUCUUGAGUGUCCAUCAAGGGAAGACCACCCUGGAGAACUGCGUGUUGCAGUGCGAGACCACAGGGGUGGCGGUACGAACAUCGGCUGAGCUUUUAAUGAAAAAUUCCGACUUGUACGGUGCUAAGGGUGCCGGUGUAGAAAUCUAUCCGGGCAGCAUGUGUACGUUGAUGGGGAACGGCAUACACCAUUGCAAGGAAGGAAUCCUAAUAAAAGACUUUUUGGAAGAAAAUUAUGACGUUCCCAGGAUAACAAUGGUGAACAACGUAAUACAUAAUAACGAAGGGUAUGGAGUGGUCCUGGUGAAGCCUACUGUCUCUCCGGAUGCCAAAGAGAGCGCUCCAGACAGCUCAGGAGGCACAAUCUUAAGUGGCCCAGAUCAAGCGAAGGACGUUCAUCCCACGGGCGGCGACCCCAUCCCGGCGUGCGAAGAUGCACACCAGCAGCUCGGCGGUGGGUGGGAGCCUCACGGAAGGGCAGGCGUUUCUGAGCACACGGAAGGCAAUUCUGAAAUCGCCAACGAACUUUCCGCCGCAUCUCUUAAGAAGAGCCACCUGCGUAAGAAGAGGCUGAGCAACCUGGGCAUCACGGAAGCGGACGACAACCUGAUGUGUCAGGAGAUGUUUGUGUCCAUUGUGGGCAACCACUUCAAGCGAAAUGGCAAAGGGAGCUUUGGCACAUUUCUCUACUAGGUUUCCCUAGUAGAAUGGCAUUGGAAUAAUAUAUAGCCUGGCUGCCGGCUGGCUUGCUGCAGAGGAGCUGAAACUGUUGACAUCCAUCCCUUAAAAAUAAUAAUUAUUAUUUGGCUCCAUUCCUUGCUUGUGUGUGAUUCCGGUGUAUUUAUUCUCCUAUGCAGCACAUCUGUUGCACAAAUGAAAUUUCUACUCCUUUGUGUGAGUUUUGAACCCAGCACUUGAGAGCAAAAGAAAACUUCCCCGUGGAACCUUUUGAAUGGAUAUGCUCUCUUUCUGCUUGCUAUACAUACAUAUAUAUCACUUACUGUAUUUAUUUCUGAUAGAAGACACCUUAUUAAAAAAUACAUUUGAAUCUCCAGCUGCAGAGGGGGCUGUUCAUAGUAACGUCAAACUGUUGACCUCUUAACCACAGCUGAAAAGAGUGUUUAGCUUCCUGCGUAGUAGUGGUGGUCUAUUAUUUUCAGCUGUUUUUAAAUAAAGCCUUUUUAAAAUAUAUAUAUUUAGGAAAUUGUCCCCCUUCUUUGUUUUGUGCAGAAUUCUGUCCCUUUCAAUAAACAUUAUA